AUGAUCACUGAUCAGGCUCUCUAUAAGCUCGCGAAUGAAGAUGUCGAGAUAUCCAUUGAUUUGGUAGCCAGUGAAGUCGAGGUCGCAGGUUCGAAUAUCGGAUUCGCAUUCAGUGCCAUGGAAAAGCAGCUUAUGGAAUCUAGCGGGACAACACAGGCAUUCUUCAAACAUGAGAAGAAGCUGUUUCAGACCAUAGUUCAACCUAGUGGCGCAAAAGUGUUCCGAAAGAUCAGCAAGAACGACGCGAUGCUCGGCGAUAACAGCCGAUAUCAACUAGCGUGGCAGCGGGCGCUGACUCCUGUGGGCUUUCAAGCACAACGUCGUGCUUGA